AUCGACUGCGUGUCUUAUAGCAAGGAUACAAAGAAAUAAGAAAUAAUUGUUGUCGGUGUGUCAAAUGACUAUCUUCCCACGCCGUGAUGCCAUUGUGCAUUCUUGAAUCACACUCAUCUUUCAAUCUUUCCCUCUCGAGCUCUGUAGUUUUGCCAAAUCCUCAAUCAUAUUCUCAAUUUGAUGUCCAAACCAUCCACACCACAGCCAUCGAACACUCUCCUCCUCCGUAGGCAGCUCACUGAGCUCACGAAGCACCCAGUGGAGGGGUUCUCUGCAGGACUUGUCGAUGACAACAAUCUUUAUGAAUGGGAGGUCAUGAUCAUCGGGCCUCCGGACACCCUUUAUGAAGGAGGGUUUUUCAAGGCUCGAUUGUCUUUCCCUACAGAGUACCCUCUUCAACCCCCAAAGAUGCGCUUCAUUACCCCCAUGUGGCACCCCAACAUUUAUGCCGAUGGUGUAGUUUGCAUCUCCAUCUUGCAUGCUCCGGGUGACGAUCAGUACGGCUACGAGGAUGCCGGUGAACGAUGGAUGCCUGUCCACACGGUGGAAACAAUUCUUGUAAGCGUCAUAUCGCUACUGUCCUCCGAGACCCCAAACACGGACAGCCCAGCCAACGUGGACGCAGCCAAAGAAAUUCGCACGGACAAUGCUGCUUACAAGAAGAAGGUACGACGUCUGGUACGUAAGAGUGCAGAGGAGGCCUUUGAUUAGUUCAUCCCCCCUGCAUCCUCACCCAUCCGUUAUACUCCUGUUACGUACUCUCUGUUUUACUAGCUGCUGCAUCUUUGCCAUCGUUUUAAGUACGAGUCUGUCAUAUUUGUUCUACGUCGACCUUGUUGUUUGAAUCGGACCUACGGUCUGACAUUUGAUCACGUGACAGGCGCAGUA